CGGAUAAUAAAAAUAACAAUACAACACAACAGUAUCUUUGACAAGUCACAAAAUGGCGCGAACAAAACAAACAGCUAGAAAAUCUACCGGAGGUAAAGCGCCAAGGAAACAGCUAGCGACGAAAGCGGCUAGAAAAAGCGCACCGGCCACUGGUGGCGUGAAAAAACCGCACCGUUACCGCCCGGGAACAGUCGCUCUGCGAGAAAUUCGAAGAUACCAAAAGAGCACUGAAUUGCUAAUAAGAAAACUCCCGUUUCAACGGCUAGUGAGGGAGAUAGCCCAAGAUUACAAGGCGGAUUUAAGGUUUCAAAGUUCAGCGGUAAUGGCGCUUCAGGAGGCCAGUGAAGCGUACUUAGUAGGUCUUUUUGAGGACACUAACUUGUGCGCUAUUCACGCCAAAAGGGUGACCAUAAUGCCUAAGGAUAUCCAACUCGCAAGGCGCGUUAGGGGCGAACGAGCGUAAUUAGAAUUCUACAGCGCGCGAUGCAGCUUUGUGAAGAAUUAUUUAUUUGAUGAUUAAAGUUAAUGACAAAGCCCUUUUCAGGGCUGCA